AUGUUCUACUAUAUGGAUAAUCCACAAUUCAAUUGCGGCACAGGCCACGUAUAUAAAGAGAGUCUAUUGUUUUUGUCAGGCAAAGCGUUUGGUGAUGAGCAAUGGAAACCUUGGCCUAAAUGCGGCAACUCAACAAUCGAAAAGAAAAUAAUGAACGGUGUAGCUGCCGAAAAGGGCGAAUGGCCCUGGAUGGUUCGCCUUCUAUCAUGUAACACUAUUAAUAAAGACUGUACGGAUUGUGGUGGUUCGUUAAUUAGCGAUGAGUGGGUACUGACGGCCGCCCACUGUGCUAAGAAUUUUACUAACCGAAUCAAAUACGAUGACAUUACUGUUUAUCUCGGUGAUUAUGACAGUCGAGUUUACGAUAAAAACGAAUUGAAACGGUCAAUCAUAGAGAGUAUCAUUCACGAAGAUUAUGAAAAGAAUGGAUAUCUAUCCGAUGAUAUCGCUCUUCUGAAAUUAAACGCACCAUUAUAUCUAGAUGGCAUUCAUGAUUAUCUGGAGCCUAUAUGCCUGAGUAACACAACAGAACUUGUUAAAUCUAAAUGCGUGGCUACCGGUUGGGGAAUAACCACUGAAGCGUAUAACCCAUACAUACUGCAAAAAGCUGAAUUGCCAAUUGUGGACGAUAACGUUUGUGUUGAUAAAUAUAAAGAUAGCCCAUAUCGACCCAAUAAGCAAUUGUGCGCAGGAAUUCUUAACCAAAAAAACAGUACCUGUAGUGGGGACAGUGGCGGACCUCUCAACUGCAAACUCGGCUUAAAUGGUCCCUGGAUGGUGACUGGUAUUGCUUCAUAUGGUAACAAAGAUGCAUUUGGAAGGUGCGUAUCGCCACCUAGCGUUUUUACCCGGGUGUCCGCUUAUUUACCAUGGAUUGAGAAGAUUAUGAAGAAGUAUUCUACUGAGAAACCAAAAUUCAAUUAUGUUUAUCCAAUCGAAUAA